AUGGAAGACUCCGUAUCCUAUCGUAUUGCAAAGGGCGCAAGAGAGGCCUCGCAUAUUCUCGCUACAUUACCCGCAUCCACACGAAGUGAUACUUUACAAACCCUCUAUACCCUGCUCGGCCAAGAGCAAGCCCUGAUUCUACAAGAGAAUGCGCGGGAUGUGGAUGCAGCGCGCAAGGCUGGUCUUGCCGGUAGUCUCAUCAGUCGACUGGAUCUCAACAAGCCCGGCAAAUUUGAAGCCAUGCGACAAGGUGUGUUGGAUGUCGCUGCAUUGUCUGACUUGGUCGGUACUUGCACACAGAAGCGGCAACUCGACAGCGAUGGCCUUGUUCUACGGCGUGUACUCUGCCCUAUCGGCGUCUUGUUGGUUAUCUUUGAAGCGAGACCCGAGGUGGUCGUCAACAUCACGGCUCUUGCUCUCAAGUCUGGCAAUGCAGCCAUCCUCAAGGGCGGCAAGGAGAGUCUGCACUCCUUCAAGUGUCUCGCUUCGAUUGUCGAGCGAGCCCUCCAGCAGCAUCAGAUCCCUCAAGCUGCCAUUUCCCUUGUUGAAUCGCGCAAUGAUGUCGCAGACUUGCUCAAUCACGAUACCUUCAUCGAUUUGGUUAUUCCACGCGGAUCGAAUGCACUCGUCAAGCAGGUCCAGAAUACCACAAAGAUUGCCGUCAUGGGUCAUGCAGAUGGCGUGUGUCAUGCCUUUGUCGAUGCAGAUGCAGAUCCAGCAACCGUUGCUCGGUUACUCAUCGAUGCAAAGACAGACUACCCCGCAGCGUGUAAUGCCCUCGAGACAAUCAUCCUGCACAAGGACUGGGCUGCAGCGCAUCUGGACAGCCUCCUACAAGCCCUUCAAGAGGCUCAAGUCACCAUCAAGAUGACCAAGGACUUGUUUUCUUAUACAACAAAUCCUGACACGGUGCAAGAAGCCUCGGACGCAGACUUUGGCGUGGAGUGGCUCGAUCUGACAGUAUCAGUCCGCAGUGCUGACUCUGUCACAGAGGCCAUUGCCUUUAUCAAUGCACACUCUUCGCACCACACAGAUACCAUCCUGACAAAUACCCCCAUUCACGCUCAAACCUUCCAACGCGGCGUCGACUCUGCCUGCGUUUUCGUGAAUUGCUCAACGCGUUUUGCCGAUGGUAUGCGAUUUGGCUUGGGCACAGAAGUGGGUAUUGCGACUGGCAAAAUCCAUGCCCGUGGACCUGUCGGCCUCGAGGGCCUCAUGACCUACAAAUGGCUCCUCGACGGCCAAGGACACGAUGUAGCGCGGUAUGGCGCUGGUGGUAGUGCUACAUUCAAGCACAAGGAUCUCCAGGUCGAUGCUAAAGAUGCAAAUUAA